AUGGGAGAUAACAGUGAACAAAUCAGCCUCACAGACGUCGUGGUGGCUCAGCCCACCGCGACAGAGCAGAAUGAGCUUAUUGCGCAGCUGAUGAUGCAAAUAGCUGACAUGAGGGUAGAGAUGCAACGGAGGCAAGACACUCCUCCACCCGGGUUUGGCCCCAACUUUCUCGACGCGAGACCGCCUACAUACUUCCCCUCGCCCAACUCGGAUCCUACUCAGCACCGUCCAUCGACACCCGUGCACAACCCGUCCGGGAUAGAUCUAACCACCCAAAACCCCCAAUACGCCUCAGUCUCUUAUCAAACUCCCUCACCACUUCCAAACAAUCCUCCACAAAUGCCACGACAUCCCCACAACACUCAAACAGCCCCACUACCCCAAAAUCAAACCCAAAAUCCCACCGCCCUCAAUUCCCAAACACCGCAUCCCCACUUAAACCAGAAUACCAAUCCCCAAAAUGAUCCGCAAAACUAUCAAACCGCACAGAACGUCCCAAGCCCUUUCAUAGCUCCACCCCUUCCCAAAAGAACCACUUUCCAAGUCCCUGUCCCGGCCGAGCAUGAGGUGCACGGCUCCGAGUUGGACCAUUAUGAGGAGCAAGAAAGAGAGUGGAGGGCGAGGGAAGAAGCGAAGGUAGACAUAAAGGAGGAGAUCAAAAGGGCAAUGAAAGAAUUACAAUGCACUCCAAACGUCGCCGGUUUAAGCUACGCGAACUAUGCAUUCACCCAGACUUGA